UUCAUUUAUUUACUGCAAUUUUGCUAUAUAUUCAACAUCGAGGGCACGCCCGAAUACAAAGCUCCAAUUAUUCCAAAAGUUACACAGAGACCAUUAUUCAGGCCACCGGUCGGUACCGCCCACGGCCCCAUCGCUACCGUUGACCGCUGCAAUCGUUGAAAUCUCGCCGGGAACUCUUUAGGAGCUUCAUGGAUUCACAGAGCCAGAACACUUCGUUGCAACGGCUUCAAAAUGUGGAGAAGCGAGUCGUUAGGGUUUUGGAGCUGGCAGGAGGGGUUAUGGAUGAGCUGGCAAACCCCGCUGGACCCAGAAAGGACCUCAUCAACAACCACUGCCUCGACUUCAUGCAAUUGAUCAAGGACAUCCAAGUCACACUGCGUGGUGAAAUCAAAAGUGCGUGUGAAUACCGUCCAUUUGAGAAGUGUGAUUACAGUUCGAGAAUAGCUAAUGAGAUCUGUUGCAAGAAACUGGAAUAUGUCAUUUCCCAGAUGGAUGGAAUGAAACAAACCGUUGAUGAAUAUCAUGGUGCAGUUUGAAGAUGCAGAUACAGAUACAGGAGUUGUAGGAUUUGUAGGAGAAAAUCUGAACUGCUGCUUGGUGGCUUAGAAGCAUUAAGAAUAUGGAGAUGUUUCUCUUUUAGGGGAUUGGGGGAGCACGUGAAAUAUAUUCAUGCGAUUGUUCUGUAUUUGGUUAGAUUACUUCAGAAAUGUAGUAGGGAACUGUAAUUUUUAUCUUCAAGAUUUUCUUGGCUAGCAAAAUGAUUAUUAGAUCUUUUUAUGUUGCUGUA